AUGAGCCAGAUGAGCGCCGAUAUCAGAUACAGCACUUCCUCUCAGCGGCCAUCGGUCAGCUAUGUUGCUCUCAUGCGCAAACAGAAAGCCACCGUAUGGUGUGAUCGCGCCCAAUCCGAGGAUCCCCGCCUCGUCGCCCAACGCCGUGCAGCCAAACAGAGGGCCCUGCUGGAUGUUCACGGCGGCUCGUCCACACGCAGCAGCACCCUCAUCAGCGGAGGAAAGAUCCGACACAGCGGUACCGGCCGGUCUAUAAGUUACAAUACAAGCACAAUGGUUGGGGCUGGUGUUCCCUUGCGAUUGAGCGCAAACGAGGUUGGAGGGGCAGACGACGAAUUCGACGAUCGCAUAGACACAGCUGGAGGACAGCCGAUACAUCGACGUACGGGGAGCGGGCGGAGCUCGACGGCCAGUAAUCGCGUGUCUGCUGCCUACCAGCGGGCCCAACAGACUCGGCUGAGCAGUAGUAGCAGUGCAAAUAAUACCCCUCCCAACGCUGAUAUACCCGACAUCAUCGAAACGCCUGCGGCGCCGUUGGAGAAUAUCAAAGAUGAAGACUUUCUAAAGACACCCAACCGGUCUGGGGUCAACGCUUCAGAUCAACGCCCGACCACGUCACAUAGUGAGGAAGAAGACGAGUUUGGGAAGAUUACCGAAAUGGCUGCUCCCACUGGUAUGUCGACAGCCAUGCAGAAACGCAAGAUCUCGGAUGAUCUGAAACGACGGGGCAGCGUCGAUGAGAGGACUUCGAGUAUGACGGGCGUGAGGCUUUUCGUUGCCAAUCCUGAUUUAAGCGACUGA